AUGUCGCAUGCUGAUGCCCAAAAGAGCAGUCCUCUGACUUUGGUUCUGAUGGUUGCUUCUGCAGCCAUUGGAGGAACUCUUCAGUAUGGCUACAACCUGGCUAUCAUGAACGCUCCCACAGUUUUCAUCCAAACGUUCAUCAACGAGACGUUCCUGGAGCGGUGGGACAUCCAGUUGGAGGACUACCAAGUGACGCUGGUCUGGACAAUCAUUGUCUCCAUCUUCUCGUUGGGGGGGUUCGCCGGAGCUCUUAUUGCAGGACCUAUGACCAUCCGCUUUGGGAGGAAGAACUGUCUGCUGUUGAACAACAUCUUUCUAAUGAGCGGUGCACUCUUGGCACUGACAAGUAGAGCUGCCAAGUCAUUCGAGAUGAUCAUCAUCUCACGUAUCCUGGUUGGAAUAAAUGCUGGAAUCAGCAUGAAUGUGCAGCCCAUGUAUUUUGGGGAAAGCGCACCAAAGCACUUACGAGGAGCCGUCUCCUUGUCGUCGGCCGUCUUCACAGCGUUCGGCGUUGUGUUGGGACAGGUGGUCGGACUCAGAGAGAUUUUGGGCAGUGAGCCGUGUUGGCAGUACCUUCUUGCCAGUAAUGCCGUUCCUGGCCUCAUUCAGCUCCUGACCCUGCCGUGGUUCCCAGAGAGUCCCAGGUACCUGCUCAUCGACAGGGGGGACAAGGAGGCCUGUAUUAACGCUCUGAGGCGUCUUCGAGGCUGCGAGGUCCAGAGCAGCGAGCUGGACGAGAUCCUGCAGGAACAGGCCGAAACCAAAGGCAUGAGGCCGAAGCAACCCUGGGAGCUGUUCACCGACCGCUCCAUGCGCUGGCAGCUCAUCUCCGUCAUGAUCAUCAGCAGCGCCAUGCAGCUCUGCGGCAACGACUCGAUCUACUUCUAUGCAUCGUACGUGUUUAAAGAGGCUGGAAUAUCCGACGAAAAAAUCCAAUACAUCACGAUCGGCACCGGGACGUGUGAAUUCACGGCCUGCAUAAUGUGUAACCUGCUGAUAGAGCGUAAAGGUCGGAGGUUCAUGCUGAUGGGAGGCUUCAUCCUCAUGACCGUCUGGGCUGUUGUCUUCACCAUCGCUCUGUCGUUUGAGCACUACAUAUCGUGGAUGCCGUACCUGAGCAUGGGCUGCAUCUUCACGUACAUUCUCAGCUUUGGCAUGGGACCAGCCGGAGUGACCGGAGUUCUUCCCACAGAGAUCUUCAAUCAGACGGCUCGGCCUGCAGCCUACAUGAUCGCUGGAUCCAUGAUGUGGAUCAACCUGGGCAUUGUCGGGAUGAUCUUUCCUUUUCUAGUGAGCGAGCUGAGCGAGUACUGCUUCGUGCCGUUCGCCGCCGUCUGCGUGCUGUCGGCGCUCUACAUCGGCCUGUUCCUGCCCGAGACCAAAGGAAAGUCUCUGUCGACCAUCACGCGUGAAUUCCACAAGCUCAACUUCAAAGACCAGGCGAAAAACUUUGAAUCGCAGACUGAAGCUCAGUACCAGCUGGGUGAAGUGUGUCACUCCACCGCCAUGUAG